UUUUUUCAUUCGUGAUUUUCUAUCAGAAACUUGCUAAAGCUUCUGCUAUUGUGGGUCGUUUUUCGUCUGGCAUGGUUGGCCUCCUGGGUGGUCUUGUUAACGAGUUCAUGUCCUUGGAUGACGAAGACAGCUCAUGUAUGUCCCAUGUGUUAGAGAACCAACUAAAGGGUUUAUCUUCUGCUGCUGGGAAGACUGUCGAGAAGACUGCAAGCACCCGUCCUGCAUCCCGCUCGCGUGAAGUAAAAGAUACCGGCAAGCAAGCUGUCGAAGUUUCAGAUUCUGAUCAUGAGGAUAGUGAUGGUGGCGGUGAUGGUCACUCUGACGAAGAUCUAGAUUUUCACGUUCAUUACCAUGGUUCUUCAGGUGGGCCGAACGCCCAUGAGGCUUCAGGUAGUGGGGGUAGUGCUGGACCGAAUGCCCAUGAUGCUUCAGGUAGUGGCGCAGCGAAUGCAGAUGUGGGUGCAACCAUGUUUGCAACUGCCAAUGUGUCGGUAAGGUCAGCCGGAAUUGAUGCAACUGCUACUACAGGAACCGAUCAGCCUCUCGAGUCUCAGAUUAUGCUUAAUGCACGUUCCGGGAAUGUAUCUAGUGAUGGAUUGCAUAACCAGCCAGAUAUGACGGAUACUCAAAACGAGGCUGUUGUUGAUGCUUCUGUGAAGAGGUGCAGUUCUUCUCUCGUCCGUAACUUGGAAAAGCAAUAUUUCAGGUGUCGCAAGAAAUUACGCCUACCUUCUCCGCCCAUGGCCACUGGUACAACUGUUUCUAACCAGCCGUUGUUGGAUGAUACACAUCGUUCUAUCAAGGCAAUAGUCAUCAAUGAGCUUGGCAUUGUAGGCCCUGAUAAGGGCACUAACUCAGUAAUUGCCAAUCCCACGCGGAAGAAGCAACAUCCUCGCAACAAGAAAACCAAGAUUACUGUGAGGAAGGUUAAGAAGUCUUCUACACUUGCAGUUGCAACUAGGUCUUCUCCUCGUUUUGCUCCCAAGGACGCGAAAGAUGAUUUUGAAGACUUCCCCGUGAACCAGUUGAAACUGAAGAUGCAGUGUUUGUUUAAGCUCAACCUGGGGAUGACCAAGUCGCUGCCCAAUAAUUCAGCAUCAUUGCAGAUGUAG